AUGUCACAAAUAGAAGCUGCCGAUACAGAGUUUUUCACUGUAACUUACAUGAAGAGCGAUCCGAAAAGGAAGCAGAGGGGCCCAGGGAAUCAUCUGAAAUUCGACCUGAAAAACACCAACAUUUUGGUCCAAAUGAGCGAGGAAAUAAUGCGAACCAAUUCCGGUUUUCCGAUGGAAAAAUUGAAAAAAUUCUCUCAAGGAAAAACAGACGACGCCGAAUUUUUCACAUCUAGUUAUUUGAAAAACGGGCAAAAGACCAAAUUUGGCACCCCAAACUCCGUCGAAGUCGAACAAGUGAAUUGGUUCAGAAGCGGGUUGAAAAAGCCGAAUCAGGUUCAGAAGGCUCCAAUCAUCGACGAAGAAGAGGAGGAGAGUGUUGAUUCAAGAGAUCGGAUUCAGAAAAAUUAUUACAGUAACUUCGCGAAUUCUUCUGAUACUGAUGAUUCCCGGAGCUUGAUUCCUCGAGCGCGAAGUAAGAGCAAACUUGGCUACCCGAUUUCUUCCCACGGUCGGUUCAAAAAUCAGCGUUCUGAGUCAAACAACUUUCAAAAAUCCGCGAGAGACGAUGCAAUCGAAGCUGUAACACAACUUGAACCACUGAGAAUCGACGACCCUCCUUUCGAUUUUCAGAAAAACCCAAAUUUGAGAAUUUCGACUGUUUCCAUCGAAAGCGAAGUGGACCUGCCCAAGUUUGGUGAAGAAAAGAAUCUGGCCAAGCAGCUGCAAUCAAUGCAUGGGAACGGAUUCAAGAAGCAAUUUCCGCACCUUCCACCGCCUUAUGUUUCAAUGAGGGGCGAAUUUGAAUCUGACUAUCAAAGAGAUUUGCGAAAACGUCCGUCCGCGACGAGGAAGAAAAGCUUUGGAAGCGAUUACGCGAGCGAUGAACCUCUUCUUAACUUUGAACGAGAACGAAACGUCAACGCGGAUUAUCCAAAAUAUGAGAGCCUUGAUCGAAAAAGAAGAAGUUCGAGAGACGAUCGAGAUCGAAGAUCACGUGAUCGAGAGCGCGAUCGUGAUCGAAACCGACGAAGAAGAAGAGAAAGAUCCUACAGUGACUACGAAACCUCAUCCGAUGAAGAAAACGACUGGAACGACAACCAUUCAAAAACGGCCAAUAAAAUUAACACUUUGAACAGCCAGGCGCUCAAUUCCGCCUUGAUUGUUGGAAAUUUCAUCACCGUCAAGACUGAGAUUGAAAGGCUGCAGUUUUGCUACAAUCACUGUAUUGAUAUGGAUUCUGAGAAUUGUUUUGAGAUUCUAAGAGAGCAAGAAAGAAGCAAAGAUUUCUGCAUGCUGUACAUUCGCUAUCUGAAAAUGGUUCUUGCCUCCACGAGCAUUGUUCUUCAGAUUAUUUACGGGAUGAUGGAUAUCUCUCUCGUCGUGGAACGAAAAGAAGACGCGAACGACGAUUUGACCGAAGAGGAGCAAGAAAUCAAGAUGGACAACAGGAGAAACUUCACGUUUGGGCUCGGAGUAGUGGGACUAUUCAUUGCUCUUGUGAAUUAUGUUAUUACUGCUUUUGAAUAA